GACCGUCUUGGGCGACACACAGCUGACGACUCUAAUGGCUUGCGUGGUGUCCAUGUUCCAAGUCGGUGGCAUUGUCGGCUCUCUGUUUGCGCCCUGCUGCAACACGAAGCUGGGACGUAGGGGCAGCCUACUGGUAGGUGGAGCUCUUCUGACAAUGGCCGCAUUGCUGCAGUUCUUCUGCCGCAUGGCCAACUCGGUGGAAAUGCUGCUGCUGGGGCGUCUAGUAGGCGGUAUGGCAGCGGCCCUAGUCUACACCACUCAGCCCAUGUAUCUGGUGGAGCUGGCGCCGGCGGAGCUGAGCGGCAGCGUGGGCGUCUUCACUUGCAUCGGCAUCACCGGCGGGGUUGUGGUGGGGCAGCUCUGUUCCUUCGAUUUCCUGUUAGGAACCAGGAAACACUGGCACUACGCCCUGGCUGGCUAUGUGUUACUCGUGAUCAUUGGCCUGACGCCGCUCCUCUGGUUUCCCGAGAGCCCCAGCUACCUGAUGUCCAAGGGGAACAAGGAGAAGACCCGUGCGAUUCUUGUGCGCCUGCGCAAGAGCGAGCAGCGCGCAGACACGGAGCUGGCGGAGAUCGAGGCUGCCUCGGCCGUCGCAGUGGAGAAGAGCAGCCUGGCAGCCGUGAUCCGCAAUAGCAAGCUGACGAUGCCCCUGAUCAUUGUGUGCUCCUUCCAUUUGGUACAGCAAAUGAGCGGAAUAAAUGCGAUUUGGUACUAUUCCGUGUCCAUUUUUACAGAUGCUGGGUUCACCUUGAAGGUGGCCUCGUGGCUGAACUUUGCCGAGGGUGUGCUUAACUUUUUCGUUGCCCUCUUCGGACCCUGGAUGAUGGCCAGCUUCAACAGGCGGAUCAUGAUGAUGCUCUCCUGCCUAUUGUCAUCCAUUUUUCUGGUUUUGCUCAGUGUCGGACUGGAGCUAAUGAAAUCCUACCAGGAGGUUUCCUACGGCUGCAUCCUCUUCCUGUCGCUGUACAUUGUUGCCUUCAACUUCGCUCUAGGGCCCAUGCCCUUCUUCAUUGGUUCAGAGCUCCUCGAGGCCUCGCCACGUCCCGCUGCGAUGGCCCUGGGCAGCCUGACCAAUUGGUCAUCCAACUUUCUGCUUGGCAUGGUGUUUCCCCUCCUGCAGGCAGGCAUUGGACCGUUUUCCUUCAUACCCUGCUCUCUGAUAUGCGUCUAUGGUUUCCUCCUGACCUGCCGGUACUUGCCGGAGACCAGGAACCGCGACCCCAAGGAUGUGGCGCCCUUGCUGGAGAAAGGCCUCAAAUCGAAGAUCAAAUAAAAGAGAAAGUAAAGUAUUAA